AUCCCUCUUUCUCCCUCCCUCCCUGCCAUGAAUGGAGCUGCCUGACUGACUGACUGGCGGCGGCGGAGGAAGAAGAAGACGAGGCACGCCGAUUGGCCUCCUCGGGGGCCCGUGCUCCCAACCGGAGGCGCCCCAACGAGACCCCCGGACAGACCCCCAGAGAGCCUUCCGUCCUUUGCGAAACUUUGCCCGCGAGGAGACGCCGCCGAAGGAAGAGGAGAAGGGCCCGGGGCGAGAGAGAGAGAGAGAGAGGGAGAGAGAUUGAAAGAGAGAGAGGCGGCCUCGGGGCCUUCCUUCUUCCCCUUCCUUCCCUCUCCUCCUCCUCCUCCUCCUCCUCCUCUUCCUCCUCCUGCUGCUGCUGCUGCUCUCCUUCCUCGGGGCCCCUCUCCGUGGUGCUGAAAUGGGGGAGGCCGGGGAGGGCGAGGGCGACGCGGGGGCCUCCUGGGGGGCGGCCGGGGCCCUCUGAUCCGGGGCCCCCUCCUCCCGGCCCUCCUCCUCCUCCUCCUCCUCCAACCCCCUCCCUCCCUCCCUCCUCGGGGCGCCCUUCGCCCAUGUGGCUGCAGGAGGAUGGACCCCCACCUGAGGAUGGACCCCCGGCUCCUCUGCCUCCACGCCGCCCUCCUGCUCUACUUCAACGGGGCCACCCUCUCCCUCGCAGACCCAGACAGUCCCUCUGCUCCAGUCAAUGUCUCAGUCAAGCUCUUGAAUGCCAACUCCGCCAUCGUGACCUGGGAUGUCCUGGAAGAGGAAGUGGUCAUUGGGUUCGCCAUCUCCCAGCAGAAAAAGGACGUGCGGAUGCUGCGCUUCAUCCAGGAGGUGAACACCACCACGCGCUCGUGCUCCCUCUGGGACCUGGAGGAGGACACCGAGUAUAUCGUCCACGUCCAGUCCAUCAGCAUCCAGGGCCAGAGCCCAGCAAGCGAGCCCUUCAUCUUCAAGACACCCCGCGAAGCUGAGAAGCUGGCCUCCAAAAAUAAAGACGAGGUGACGAUGAAGGAGAUGGGAGAGAAAAACCAGCAGCUGCGAGCGGGAGAGGUCCUCAUCAUCGUUGUGGUCCUAUUCAUGUGGGCAGGGGUGAUUGCGCUCUUCUGCCGGCAGUACGACAUCAUCAAGGACAACGAACCCAACAACAACAAGGAGAAGGCCAAGAACACCUCUGAGAACAGCACCCCCGAGCACCAGAGUGGGGGGCUCCUGCGCAGCAAAUUCCCCAAAAACAAGCCCUCGGUGAACAUCAUUGAAGCAUGACAGCCGGAUGGACCGGCUCCAUUCUUCCACACCUGCUGCUUUUCCUUCCCAGAUUUGGCUGCCGGGGAAUUGAAAACAGGGUUGUCCUUUGUGCCGCCAGAGACUUCAACCGCUUCCAUCUUUCGACGGAGGAGGAGGAGGGCCAAGCCAAGCAAACUUAACCCAAGGUGGAGUGAUAGAAAACUCUUUUAUUGGGAUGAGAGAAUGGAAACAUUCCCAUCUUCAAGGGUCGGGUUUGGACUUGCUGUACUCGCCUGUGCCAUAGAGGCCGAAUCACGGUGCCAUCGUCCACCCCGACUGUCCGUCUCCGUUUCUUCUCUCUGUGGUUCCGCUUCCUCCCAUGGCUCCGUUUUCUAAACAUAGGGGAUGCUUGCCCGUGAUCUCAGACGCCUCCAACCUCCCUUUUCAUGGAAAGGAAGCCCCUCUUCUCCCAAGACAAAGGACGUUGCCCCCAAAUCUGCCGUUUUCGCAGGCCUAGAGUGCCAUUUCCCAUAAAUAAACACAAGCACACGACAUUCUCCACCUGGGUUCUCAGGACUCCACCAGCUGCUUCUUUAGAGGUUAUUUUGAGCAGUUGUGAGUUUCUUCUUUCCGGUGCGUGUCGUGCGUCGUGUUCCCUUGUCGGAUAAUAUUCAACAGAGAAUGCAAAAAAGAAAAAAAAUGAAGCCGAAACCAAACCCGUUUUUUCAACGCAACAUAAUGGCAAGAUCUGCCAAAAAGCAUCUGGUUUUGUUUUCCACUCGAUUGCAAACAUUGUAUGCAUUUUAUACCAGUUUAUCUGCCUGCUGUGGCUCCUCUCACCAAGGCUGUGUGCCUGCACUGUAGAAUGAAUGCAGUUUAAAACCACUUGAACCGCCAUGACUCCAUGUGAUGGAAUCUGCUAGGAUUUGGGGUUUGAUGAGGCAUCCCCUCGCUUUGCAGAGAAGGCAAAAGACCUGGUAAUACUACAACUCCCAUGAUUUCAGACCACUAAGCCAGAGCAGUUCAAGUGUUGUCAAAAUUGCAUUCAUUCUACAAUGUAAAUACAUCCAAAAUCCCAGGAAUGGCUAUUUUAUGAUGUGAUGAAACUGUACAGAUGUAGAAAGAGCUUUACCAGUGUGGUUAUUGUGGUUUCCCCCAAUGUAUGGCCUCCCUGUUGACGAGGUUGUUUGGAGAUGA